AUUAACGCCAGAAUGAUCAAAUCUCAAUCUGACUGGAAUUAUUCAAAUGUCACAUAGAUAAGUCUUAAGUGAAGCAGCCAAAAAAAUGGCUUUUGUGAGCCUAAUUUUCUCUGCUCAGAAAUUGAAGAAGCUUCAACAGGCCCUUGAAGAAGAAAAGCUCGACGCGAUCAAGGCAAAUGAGGAUAAAACGUUCAAGAAAAAGUUCAAAUUCCGCCACAUCGGCUUCGACAUUAAAGAAGCCCUAAAGAACGGUUUCCGAAGAGCUUUUAAGUGCUCUGAAGGUUCUCCUGGUUACCAAACCUGCUACAAACUAGGACAUGAAGGCAGUUGCGAAAAUUUCGUCCUCAAAAGCGCCUUGGGUUUCGUUGGGGGGAUUUUCCUCACGUAUUUUCUGUACGUUAUUUUCAUUUUUCAGUUAAACAUUAGACUUACUAGUGCGACGGUGAUUUGUUCACUUUUCGGUUGCGUUCUGACCGUAGGAUUAGCCUUUAGUUCUAAAGUGAGAUGUAUAGUUUUACUGACUUUGCCCCAGUUUUUUUCCAAACGAGGCAGACAGGCUUUGCUAGCCUAUGCUUUCGUCCUAGCCCUAACCGGGCCCGCCCAAAACACCCUCAACAAUUUGGGAAUUUUGAGUGAAUCUCUAGCUUGCGGCCAAGAACAAUUAAAACAAGCGGUGAAACAAAUCAUCGACGUAAUUAAGAAGCCGUUCAUGACCAUUAAGGAAGCAAUCAAGAAAGUAGUCAAAACGGUGAAAGAAGUUGUGAAAAAAAUCAAGGAGAUCCUGCUGAAAAUCAAACGGAUUGUCAUGGCUAUCGUGCGGGUAAUCAAAUCAGUGUUCGAAUUCCUGGGGAAAAUCCUCAACAUUUGCAACAAAGAAUUGGGCACGCCAUUUGAGCGAUGUUCCAGGGUUUUCGAAAAUGCCAUCGCCGAUUGCAACGCCAAGUUAGGACCUCUUUUCAACUGGCUCUGCUCGCUGGCCUACAUUGUUAAGGCCGUUUGCUACAUCGUGAAAGUCUUCGAUUAUGUUUGCAUGAUCGUGGACUUCAUCAGCAAUUCCGUCGUUGGAGUGAUCAUAAGAAAAAUCAAAAUCUUUGUGCGCCACAUCAAAACCAUGUUCUACGUUCGAAUCAAAUUCGCGCACUCUUUCGAAUACAAGACGAUUUCCUCGAAGAGUCUCAAAGACAUUGCAAAGGAAAUAGUUGCGGAAAUCAAAGACCGAAGUCGCGGAAUUGUGGCUUUUUUCAAUUUUAUGACUUCCGCCAGCAUGCUGUUUCUCAUGUAUCUGGUGUUCCAAGUGGCUUACUACAGAUUCAAGUACCUGACCAGUGAAAGAUACGACAACAUCUACAUCAACCAGUAUUUUCGGGAAAUUGACCAACGGCGGGCGAAAUCAGGCAAAGAAACCGUCCUGCCGCUAACAAAAAAAGAAAAACUAACUUAUGUGCCGAUUAACUCGGGCGCAUUAGCAAAGACCGAAAGACGCAGCCUCUCAAAGAACGCCACCAAACUAGCUACAGCUUCAGUCAAGCUGGGGACUCACAUGGCAGCUGAUUACAUCCUGUUCUGGGUGCUCACUCUCAUAUCCCACCAUGCAAGAUACCAGUCCAAAAUCCAAGCUCCAAACCUCCCAGUGGCUCACAUCACUGGAGAAGGAUUCAUCGCCAAACUGCUUCGAUCAAUCGUGAACGCUUUUCAGCCAGUUGGGAUCAAGCUGGAGAUUGACACAGUGCCUUGCUUACCAAUCCCUAUUCCUCCAGACUUCGAUAGAUACGUCCAAAUUGGCAUCACCAUCGCGAUUUGCUGGAUUCUCACAAUACUCGAACCAUAUGGGCUAAGGUUCCGCAACUACAUAAUGGGUUACUACCAUCCGCUCCGGGCAAAGCAGCGCACCAUCUGGCUCUACAACCACCUGUUGAGGUCCAGGACCUCAUUUCUGCUUCUAACCAGGCGGAAGCUUCGCAAAAGGUUUGGCAUGAAGGGCGGUUCUGGUGAAACGAGUUGCAAAGACCUACUCAGAUCGAAGCUGAAAUGUGGAAUUUUCAAGAUUUGCCUGGGAAGCGACUUGCAGCUCGCCUGCCUCCUAUGCGGAGAUGUCUUCCACGAAGCUGAAAAGGAGAAGUUUGUAAAAUGCUCCACUCCUCAAUGUCCAGGGCUUUUUUGCGUUGAAUGCUUCGCUGAUUUGAGCAACAUCUGCCCCAUAUGCCUUUCCCCAUUGGAGUAUGGCGAUAUUGACGAUGCUGACGAAGAAAAGGAUUCGUCGGGCGAUGAGCCGCCUGCAGAUAAACCUAAAAAGAAACCCCGCUGCCCCUGGGUGCCUUGCGGGGCCCCAAAAUCUCAAGAUGAGAGUGAGGAUGACGAAAAACCUCUCAUCACCAAAGACGGGGACGUAAAAUCUGAAGCAGCAGAAGAAGGAGAUUCUUCUUCAGAUUACUCGUACAGCUACCAGUACGACAGCGACCUGGACUCCAAACAACCGCUUCCAAAACCGACUGUAUGGAAAGACCUGGAAAUGCAAGCUGGGCUUGAAGAAGCAAGCAUGCAGACUUUCCUGGAGGAGGAAGAACUGCUGUGCAUUGAUCUGGAUAAUCGGGUGCACGUCCCGAAGAAGCAUGCAGCUUUGGUAAGAAUGGACAUACGUGCAGAACCUGAUCCUGAACCUGAAGAAACUGAAACGAUUGAACUGGAAAUCGACAAUCUGCUGCAAGUGCCCAAAAAAAGCACUGCCCAAGUCCAGUUGGAUGUAACCGCCACAGCUGACGCAGGCUCCUGCACAUGCUCAGCCUCUUCCAGUACUAGACACGUGGAAUUCAUUGGUCUUCCUCAGGAAGUUAAAGAGUUUCAUAAAAAAGUGCGACGUCUCAAGGAUUUUCCAUGCAUCUGCUCUGACUUGGAAGAUGUUGAGGAACUACCAAAGAGCACCAUGUCAACCAGUACGCGAUCGGACUGCCAGUUCUGCAGAUGCCCGGCAAUCGAAAUCCGAUCCACUUUAACAGCAGGCUCAGAAACUGAGGAAGAUCUAAAGAAUAUAGUCCCCAGGCUGGACCUUUCCUUCCUGAAAGAACGAGAUGAUGUCUGCAGCUGUGAGGACAAUCACAUCUUAAGCAGCAGAUUCGGCUAUGUAACAUACGAAGAAAUUUGCGAAACACCGCGAGCAUCUCCCUCCACUAGGAGCCUUGAAUCAUCCACUCUUAUAUCGAGCUUGCAACACUCUCCCAGUUCAGACGCUGAUGCUUCUCCAGCUGUAAGACGCAGAAAGAGACAUCAGCAAGAGAACUAUCCAGAAGUAGAUUCUUCUAGUUCCAUGGACAGUUUGGAGUUCAACCGGGCUCAGACUAGAAGAGUUCGGCAGUACUAUGAAGCGACCAGGCAAAUAGAGCCCGGCUCGAGGCCCCAGUGCAGCAAAGGAAAGACAUCCAUCAUCGACAUGUUCCGGAAACUCCUGCCAAAGGUAUCGUACAACUUACCUGCUGAAAAUUUGUCCAACAUGACAUUCGAUGUGGCAGUUUACCGGGGUUAAGGGUGUGGUUUUUGAUCAAAUUUUAGCGAAAAACAGCGCAGAAUUACUUGCCACUGCACCGUCGAGAGGUGGACGACGAAGUCCAAAUCCAGUCCUAUAAUUACAACAGACGCAACUGGGACACGAUAAGUAUAGACACAAAUUCUCCAACUUAUCCAUUUGGAAGCCAGGGAUCCAGCGACACUUCCGACGAAGAAGAGAAGCUAUUGGGACCAAAGCGAAUCAGAGGAGGAGAGUGCGUUCAUUUGAUCAAUUGCAAACUCAUUGGCAGAGAGUGUCGCGUGAAGAAACGAGUCAGAUCUUUUGAUGCAAAGAGUCGCACAAGGCUUAAGGACUUUUCAACGCUCUCCCUGCCACCAAAACCCAAACCUGCCAAUGCGAAAGAACUCAUUUCGCGUUACUUUCCCCAUAAUGCCCUAGAAGAGAGGACAACUGAAAAACGAGGCUGUUCAAUG